GUCCUCCUCCCACACCACCCAACUCGGCCUUCCUUUACCCCAAACCGCCGGAGGAACGAUGGAGAAAAGUCUCUCCUACCUCCUCCUCUUCCUCCUUAUCCUUUCCCAAGCCGCUUCCCCAACUGCAGUCACCGACCACCGUUCCACCUACAUCAUCCACGUCUCCCCUUCCCUCCAACCGUCAACCUCCCCGACCCCAUUCCAUUGGUACUCUUGCACGCUCCGCUCCCUCCCCCGUCAUCUCCGCCGCCCAAUCGGCCGAAUCAUCUACACCUAUGAUCGCGUCGCCAUCGGCUUCGCCGCCCGCUUGACCGAUCCCCAGGCCGCCGCCCUCCGCCUCCUCCCCCACAUCCUCGCCGUCGUUCCCGACAGCCCCCGUUUCCCCCACAUUACCCACACCCCCUCCUUCCUCCACCUCUCCACUUCCUCUGGCCUCUGGCCCCGAUCUUCCUUUGCCUCAUCCGUCGUCAUUGCCGUCCUAGACACUGGCAUAUUCCCCUACUCCAGCUCCUUCAUCGAUCCCAAUCUCUCCUCACCUCCUUCCACCUUCCACGCCUCCUGUGAUUUUCUCAAUUCCUCCUCCGCUUCGGGCCCCUGCAGCAACAAGCUCGUUGGCGCCAAGUUCUUCUACAAGGGCUACGAGUCGGCCCUCGGCCACCCGAUUGACGAGAGUAGGGAAUCCAAAUCACCAUUGGACACCGAGGGCCACGGCACUCAUACAUCCUCUACCGCAGGUGGCGCCGUCGUCUCCGGCGCUAGCUUCCUUGGCUACGCCGAGGGCGAAGCCCGAGGGAUCGCCACUGAAGCCCGCAUCGCCGCCUACAAGAUCUGCUGGACCGCAGGCUGCUUUGACUCUGAUAUCCUCGCCGCCAUGGACGCCGCCGUUGCAGACGGCGCCAACGUCAUCUCCCUCUCCGUCGGCUCGAACGGCUACCCCCCACCUUACUUCAGCGAUUCCAUCGCCAUCGGUGCGUUUGGCGCCGCCCGCCAUGGUGUAAUCGUGUCCUGCUCCGCAGGAAACUCAGGCCCUAGUUAUUACACCGCCGUGAACGUUGCUCCUUGGAUUAUAACGGUAGGGGCUUCCACCGUUGACCGUGAUUUUCCUGCUGAUGUUGUUCUCGGCGAUGGGAGCUUUUACAAUGGCGUUUCCCUCUACGCUGGAUCCGACAAUGUCACCGCCGCCGACCUCCCUUUGGUCUACGGUGGUGAUGGUGGUUCCCGCCUUUGCGUUUCCGGGCUUCUCAAUUCAUCAAUUAUCGCCGGCAAGAUCGUUCUCUGCGACCGCGGUGGGAAUGCCCGGGUUGACAAGGGAAGUGCCGUGAAGCUCGCAGGUGGAGUCGGCAUGAUUCUUGCAAACACAAAAGAGUAUGGAGAGGAGCUAAUAGCAGACCCGCAUCUGAUUCCGGCGACCAUGGUCGGCGCAUCCUCCGGUGAAAAGAUUCGAGCUUACAUCAGCUCGUCAUCCUCUCCCACUGCUACCAUUGUCUUCCGGGGGACGGUCAUUGGCGACGAGAUAACGGCGCCAAAAGUGGCGGCUUUUUCCAGUCGAGGACCCAACUACCGAACGCCGGAGAUCCUAAAGCCGGAUGUGAUCGCCCCGGGUGUCAACAUCCUCGCCGCAUGGACUAGAGCCACGAGCCCGACAGACCUCGAUAACGACCCAAGGAGGGUCGACUUCAACAUCAUCUCCGGAACAUCAAUGGCUUGCCCUCAUGUUAGUGGCAUCGCCGCGCUUUUACGCGAGGCUUAUCCAGAUUGGAGCCCAGCAGCCAUCAAGUCCGCCAUCAUGACCACCGCCUACAACCUCGACAAUAGUGGUGAGAUCAUUAAGGAUCUCGCCACAGGCGAAGAGUCAACCCCUUUCGUUCGUGGCGCGGGCCAUGUGGACCCUAACAAGGCCCUCGACCCAGGCCUGGUUUAUGACGCCGGCGUUGAUGACUACCUUGCCUUCCUUUGUUCCAUUAACUACAGCGCUUCGCAGAUUUCCAUUUUUACCAGGGACGGAAGCAGCGUGAAUUGCUCAUCAAAAACUUUUGCGAAUCCCGGAGAGCUUAACUAUCCAUCAUUCUCCGUCGUCUUCUCUAAUUCGAGCAACGUGGUUACUCAUAAAAGAACAUUGAAAAACGUUGGUGGGUCCGGAUGCGGAGAUUCGGUCUGCAAGGAGUAUGAUGUAGAGAUCUCGAGCCCGUCAGGGGUGAACGUGACGGUUACGCCGAGCAAGCUGGUUUUUGAUUCUCUAAACCAGAGCUUAUCGUAUGAGAUCACGUUUGCUUCCAUUACCGGAACGGUGGCCGCAACUUCUCAACAGUUUGGUUGGCUUUCUUGGAGCGAUGGAGUUCAUGAGGUGAAGAGCCCCAUCGCCAUUACAUGGCGUCAGAGCCAUGUUUCCUCCAUGUAGAAGAGGAACUUUUAUUUGGUCCGGUGAACGGAUGUAGAGCUACGUUCGGCCGGCACUGAGAUCGCACCACGUAGCAGACACAAAACCGUGGAUCUGACCAGACGAAUAGUGGGUAUGUCGCACGUGCGUUUUUUAAAUUCAUGACAACCCGGUAGUGACAGUUAUUGCUCGGUAUUGCUGGGUAUUUGUCGAUUUUGCUCGGCAAUAACGAGAAAUACCAUUAUGUGAAGACAAAUACCGAGCAAU